AUGCGGCUUCAAAAUGUCUGUGUUUGGGGACCGCUUCUCUACACAGCAACCGCACACAACUCGAUACACUGGACAAACUGCAGCUCAACAGCCCCAAACCUCGAAUGCGGCCGUCUCAAUGUGCCCAUCGACUGGAAUCACCCCCAAGGCGAGCAGACAUCGCUCGGCCUGGUACGACUAAAAGCAUCCAAUGCAACCGCGCGCAUCGGACCGCUGUUCUUCAACUCUGGCGGACCCGGCUCAAUCCCUUCAGAGUUCAUCGGCGCAACCGCGCAAGGGCUGCCCCUCUUUGGGGAUAUUCUGCCACAGCAUUUUGACCUAAUCGGCCUGGAUCCCCGCGGUAUGGGAACGAGUGACUCUGUGCGAUGCGAUCCAGAGAUUGCCAACCGGCGCGUCUCGUUUUUCCCAAAGACACAAGCUGAAUGGGACGAGAUGGUGGCGUACAACCAGGAAUUUGCGGCGAGCUGUUACAACCUAACAGGCCCGCUGUUUGCGCACGUCGACACGACCAGCGUCGCCAGGGAUAUGGAGGCUGUACGCGUCGGGCUCGGCGGCGAGAAGUUGAAUUUCCUGGGACUAUCGUACGCAACGCAGAUUGCGGCUGCGUAUGCAGAGCUAUACCCCGAGAGCAUCCGGUCGGUGGUUCUUGAUGGGAAUUUGGAGCAUUCGCUGGACGAGGUGUCGAAUAUGGUGACCGAGUCGACUGGGUAUGAGACCGAGUUGGUCCGGUUUGCGGACUGGUGUUUUGCAACCUCGAGCUGUGCUUUGCAUGGCAAGGAUGUGCUUGCAUUGUUUGAUGAGCUUGUGUCCAAAGCAGACAAAUCGCCUAUCCCGGCCCCUGGCUGUACAGUAUCCGGUGCAUGUCGGUCGAAUGUCACGGGCGAGGAGAUUCGAUUCAAUGUUCAGGAAUUCCUCCUGUUCAAAGAGGCCCAGCCUCAUCUUGGUGUUUCUGGCUGGACGUCGCUAGGGGACGCUUUGAACCAGACACUGAAUGGAAACGCAACAGCCUUGUCCACCAUGUUAGAAACAUCGGAUAUCGACUCUACGACAUUUGCCGGACUGGCCGUGAGCUGCCUGGACUGGACUCACAGCGCCAAAUCUUUAGAAGAUCUUCUCUACAAAGAGCAACUCGCCAAGGCUCUAUCGUCUCACACGCAGGGCGCAUCGCAGACCUGGGGUACCCAGACCCGCUGCAUUGGCUGGCCAGCACCAGUACAGAACCCGCCACACAGGACACAAAUCAAAGGCGAGCCGCCGAUGCUGCUCGUCAACUCGCUGUACGACCCGUCAACGUCGAUUGUCUGGGCGAACAGUCGGUUUGCGCAGAUGCCGAGCAGUGCGUCGAUGGUGAUUCGUGAUGGUGAUGGGCAUACUUCGUACACGCUGAAUGGCGAGAGCACGGCGGCGAUGGUGCGGUUUUUUGUGACGCUGGAAGCGCCUGCGCCGAAUACUGUGUACAGGUCGUAG